GACGUUGAUCAUUGACUUUAUCUGAUUUGUCAUAUUUAUUUACAUACUCAUUUCAGUUUAUUAGGGAAAUUUGGAAGUUAUAUUUUGUUGCAUGCAAAUACUCAGUUAUAAGAUGCACCCCAAGUUUUGAGCAGAUUUUUGAUCAAACAAGGAUAUUUUUUUGUAGAAAAUGGUGCGCCAUAUAAGUAAAUAAAUAUGGUAUAAGGAGUGUACAUACUCAUAGUAUAUCCAACAGGCAAUUUAUGAGAAUAAAACAGAAUUAUUUUAUGACCAUCUACUGAACUUCUGGUACUAACAGACAUUGAAUGAAAGUUUUUAGAAAUCCCUUACUAAAUUUAUCCAUUUUUUUAUUAGCUUCUUCAGGGAAAAAAGUUGGGGAGAAUCCUCAAAAUGAAAUAAGUCAUGGAGCUUCAACCAAAAGUUACUGUCAUCAGCUUUCACAACCAACUGUUGAUACGGGUAACAAUCAUGAUACAGAUAGUGACCAGGUGACAGAGUCGGCUGAAAAUUUUCCUGUCCAUCUGACAGUAAGCGACCUAGAGGUAGAAAUUGGUGCAGGCAGCUCUGAGGGUUCUGGAAGCCAGCCAGUCAAAGAAAUGCCCACUGGAGAUCCAAAAUCAGUUUCCCCCAGAGGAGCAGGUUUGGUUUGUCUUUGGUUUGUGUUUUCCACGACUUUCAGUCUAAAUGCUUAUGAUAGUAUUGCUAACAGAGAACACUAUUUUUGUAAAAAAAGAAAUGAAUAAAUAAUAAAAAGAUGAAAAUCAAACUUUCUGGGAGCACAAUAAUCACAAAGGUUAAUUUAUGGACAACCAUCUACAAAUUGGUUCAAAUGGUUCUCUUAUCUACUCAUUCUAAGGAACAGUUUUUCUGCAGUUUUAGUUGUUUGGUGUCGUGCUAUUUUGCAGUUUGUAGUGAGCCUAGGUGGAAAUUAUUCUAAACACAGGUGAUUUGUGUUUUCUUUGAUCUAGGUAAAUCAGCUUAAUUGAUCAUGACUCCAUUAUGAAGAAAACUUUGAAUUGAAAUACCUAAUUUAACAUCAUUUACUAGAUCACUUCCUAAAUUCUUGAUCUAUUUUUUAUUUAUUUCCAUAUUGUAUUACCUUCUCCAGGGAAACAAGAUAGUGGGGUGCAACAAGUUGGAAAGGCUGCUGAACACAGUGAUUACCAUCACAGCUUACCUUUGGUUAGUGUAAAUAUGGGUUGUGUUUUUAUAAAAUUGUAGACAGUUCUACAAUCUCUUUUCUCUAUUCCUUUAGUAUUGUCCAAAAUCAUGAUGAAAUCCCUCUAUUAACCAAUAUAUCAACCCUAAUGGCUAAUAUUUAUAUGAACAUAUUUUUAUUCAAAAGGGUUCAAAUUGGAAUUCUGAUCCUGGUAUAUAAAGCCAAUAGCCUGUUGAACAAAAUUAUUGUUUUUGGUCAUGGUCUUUAAUUCAAUAUGGAGUAUUUCUUUGUAUUUACAACUGUCAUGUGUGUCCCUUUCUUUCAGGGCCAAGAUACAGUGCCAAACUUAUUAACUGAAGAUUUUAGGGAAGCAAAAGAGGUUUGUUGUCAAACUGCAUGUAACUGCUAACACUAAGUUUAUCAAACUGUCCCUUUUCUAACAUGGUUCAUUGUGGUUAAGUGAAGUUUUUUGUCAUCAAUAUGAUACAGAUAUAAAAACAUGACUUUGUGCAGGCAAUGUUCAUAGUUGAGUUAUUAACAUGCAUUGAUUUUUUUUAAUGCUAGGUUUACUUUAAGAAAUUACAAGAGGAAAAUGAGGAUCUUAAAAAGGUGUGUGUUUUGAUUAAUUUAAGUAACCUCUCAGUGUUAAAAUGUUUUGUAUGACACACAUUAUCAUUUAUUUCCAGAAAAUUUGGCCUUUAAACUGACAAAGCCUUUAUAUUUUAGAUAUACAGCCAGUCUUUCAGUUCCACUCUUUAAAAGCAUUUACAUGUAUUACUAGUUAGGAUCUAACAGUACUUCAGAUUACUUUUAAUUCUUGAGUCUUUUGGUAGGCAUUUUUAUUGAAACAGGUUAAGUAUAGAGUAUAGAGUUCAACUUCUACAUUAUAGUGGCAUUUAGAGCAAAAUAGCGAUGCUGUACUGUACAUAGCUCAACAGAUAAAAAAUACUUCCAUGAUGAAUGUAACUUCAAACAGAAACUUUCAAAAAAAAGAGUUCAGGUAACAGGCAGAUUUACUGCUUGUCUUAGUCUUUAAGUCUGUCUGAUUCAUUUUGUCAAAAUUUUGACUUUAUUUUAAAUGUCCUCUUUUCACCUCUCCACAGGUCGUAGAGAAGAAAGCUGGUGAGGUGAAGGCUUUGCAAAAAGAGAUUGAGGUAUUAAGAAUUUUUUUUUCUUAUUUUACGCAAUCUGUGAAAAUUUGUGCAAAUAUUGGUAUGGAAUUUUGGCAUUUUUCUGAAUUGUGUCAUCUUAGUGUGGUUGUCAGUUUCCUGCAUAUCUGGUUUAUAAGAUAUUUUGUGUUACUUAUCAGGUGAAGAAAAUAUGAUGGUCAUUCAAUUGUCAUCAUUGUUAUUAUUAUUAUUAUUAUUAUUAUUAUUAUUAUUAUCAAUAAUUAUUUGCACUCUAACUGUUUCCUGUAGAUAUUUUUCCAGUUUUUCUCUGGUUUCUGCCGUUCCUUUAUUUUAGGUUAAUUUCUGAGCUGCAACUUUUGAAGUUGUGGCCACUAUGUUAUGCUGGCGGGUGUAUAUUAUUAGAUACCCAUGAAUUAUUUUUCUCUGGAUGAUUGGCUAAUUAUAGAUCACAGGACCUUGCACAAAGAGGGAUGGUGUUAUGGUUUUCUGUCUCAGGGUCAUUGCACAUUUGCACAUAUAUGUGAGGCCAAAUCAGGGUUCAAAGCAAUUCUGUGCUAAUUAACUUGAACCCUUAUUGGUUUUAGUACAGGAUACAUUUUCAUCCAAUGUUUCUCUCCAGGGACCAAUCAUAAAAAGAAAUAUACUGUGUUAUGUUGUGUUUUGUCAAUAUAUGCAAGUUUGUCAUUGGCUUGUGGCUCUUUUUUUUUUAAUACUGACUGAGCAACUUUUUUAGGAAAGCUCCACCCGAGAAUCAGAGAAGAAUGAGUUGAUCAAAAAACUGCAACAGGUUUGAUUCUUUUUUUAAGUACACUUAUUUAAGUACUUUGUAGUGAGAUGUUCAUUUAGGAAACACUGUUAUUCAAUAAAUAACAGAUUUAGGCAUCAAUCAUUUCUUAUGAUAUAAAUUUGUGGACAAUAUCAGCCUCAUGGACAUAGUGUAUAUAUAUAUAUAUAUAUAUAGUCAUGAGAAUUUAGAUGGUUUUUGAUCAUUUCGUACACCAGUGGUUUUGCACCUAACAAGGUCUCUACCAACUGCUUGUGUGAAAGGAGCUAUUAUUAUAUAAACAUCAGUGAAGUACUAAGUGCGUUUUCACACCAAAACAUGAUAUCUCCACACAUGAAAGUGAUAUGUUAUCAUCAUAUUAUUGAUUGAUUAAGUAUUUCAUUGGUGUUAACAUAGAAAAUAGAAAAUUACAUGGCCACUUGGAGAUUUGAAAUUGCUAUUCUCGUUUUAAAAAUAUCUUACUUGCUUCUCCACUUACUUGUGAAAUAUUUUUUAAUACUCAAAGAGAAAUUUCCUAUCUCAACGUGACCUUGUACUAUCCUUUACUUCCUUCCCCUUCGACUUUUCCUUUCCAUCUUUUUCCUUCUUUUCUUGCUCCUUGUCCUCUUCUUCGUACCUUUUCACCCCCCUCUUGUUUUCUCAUUUACCUUUCCUGCCCCCUUUAUGUCCACCCUCUCUUUACUUCCUUCCCCCUUCAACUUCUCCUUUCCAUCUUUUUCCCUCUUUUCUUGCUCCUAAUAUCCUCUUCGUCCUACCUCUCCACACUCCUUGUGUUCUCUCCUUUACCUUUCCUGCCCCCUAUAUGUCCACCCUCUCCUUUGCUUCCUUACCCUUGAACUUCUCCUUUCCAUCUUUUUCCCUCUUUUCUUGCUCCUUAUCCUCUUAGUCCUUCCUCUCCACACUCCUUGUGUUCUCUCCUUUACCUUUCUUGCCCCCAUUACCUCCACCUUCUCUUUACUUCCUUCCCCCUUCAACUUCUCCUUUCCAUCUUUUUCCCUCUUUUCUUGCUCCUUAUCCUCUUUGUCCUUCCUCUCCACACUCCUUGUGUUCUCUCCUCUACCUUUCCUGCCCCCAUUACCUCCACCUCUCUUUACUUCCUUCCCCCUUCAACUUCUCUUUUCCAUCUUUUUCCCUUUUUUUUCCUCCCUCCUUAUCCUCUCCAUUACUUCCUUCCCCCUUUCCCCCAUUCCCCUUUAACUUCUCCUUUCCGAUUUUUUUCCUUUUUUUUCUUCCUCCUGAUCCCUUUUUUCCUACCCCCUAUACCCCUCUUGUUCUCUUCUCUACCUUUCCUGCCCCCUAUACCUCCACACCUCCUUUAAUUACUUCCCCCUUCAACUUUUCCUUUCCAUCUUUUCCCCUUUUUUUCCUCCCUCCUUGUCCUCAUCUUCCUACCUCUUCACCCCCCCUCUUUUUUUCUCAUCUACCUUUCCUGCCCCCCCAUACUUCCCCCUCUUCUUUCCCUUAUCAUUCUAUCAGAGCUUUUCAAAUGUUUGACUAGUGUGAUGAUCCUUUGUAAUCAUGCUGUGUUAGUUUAGGAAUAUUGAUUAAUCUUAUUGAUUGAAUUGGAUAUCUAUCCCUUUGGGAGAGACGUUGACAGUUUUAGAUUGCAGAACUCUGCUUUGUUCAAUUUAUACUCAAUUUACAGAGAAAAAGAAAAUACAUUACAUGGUCACUAAUAAUAAAAAAAACAUUAAAUAAGAAAAUAUUAUAAAAGAACAAAGGAAUUAACAUUACUAACAAUUCUGGUUUCCAACUCCUCCACCUGGUGUAAGGCCAGUCCAACAGGGUUUUGUUAACUAACAUACAUUAUUUUACUGUGUGCAAAUAAGUUUCGAUGUGCAAAACACUCAUCAAUAGUAAUUUUCUCCUUUUAAACAUUUUAGAUGUAUCAGUGGAAGGAGGGUGAAUGCAAUAAAUUAAAGGAGGUAGAUUCUUUUUUGAAUAUUCCAAAUAUGUUCAAUUUAAUAUUAAUUUACUACAAUUACCUUAUAAAAUAAGGGUUACAAUAAGGCAUUGACCUACUUCUGGCAGUACUUCCAAAUAUCACUUGUCAGUGACACACAAACAACUUUACCAUUGACUAACUUCUAAAUGAAAAAUGUGUUUUGACACUGCAUUCUGCAUGCAUGUUCCUGAGCAUGUCACUUGCUUGAAAUUAGUUAUAAUUCUUUCCCCUUCAUCUUCACCUUCCCAUCCUUUUCUUUCUCUCCUUCUGUUGAUUUAAUUUCAGAGAAUGGCCCGAAAUCAACUAAGAAUAUCUUGAGAUAUGUUUGAUUCACAGUAAGAAAAUAUUGACUAUAAUGAUCUUUAUAUCACUUGAAUGCAGGACCAAGAGAAUCAGGCCAGGCAGAUUGAGGCUCUUGAAAACAAAGUUCAGGUAUUGGGAAGAUUUGCAGCCUAUCUUCAAUGUUUUUAUUACAGUAACUACACUUCUGAUUUAUUUUGUCAAAAAUAAUUUCACGAUUGAAUGUACUAAUGUCACCUCUCUCAAGGACCUGGAGAAGGAAACUGGUCAGGUGGAGGAUUUGGAGAGUAAGAUUGAGGUAUUAGGAACCUUUUUGCCUAUUUUAUGAAUAAAUUUUAAAAAAGCUAAGAAAGUUCAAACAUAGUUUGUGAAAAUUGGUGUAUGACAGUUUGGUCUAAAUGUUGGUAUGAAGAUUUGGCAUUUUUCAGAAUUAUGCAUGUCAUUUUAAUUUGAGUAUCAGACUUUUCUGGAUCAUAAUCUACUGUGUAUAAGAUUUAUUUGUGUUAUUCAUCAAGUAAAGAAAAUAUGAUCAAAUAUUUAGUAACAUUUUUAUUAUGAUAAUAAUGAUUAAAAAUAAUAAUAAUUAUUAUUAUUAGUAGUAUUAAUUAUUUGUACUGCAACAAAUUACACCACCCUAGCUGUUAACUUAUAAUAGAGACUGCUCCAGCAUUUCUCAGGUGGAGGAAUAAAUUUGUUUAAAUUUCCCUUGAGUCCACUUUGCUUUGUGUUUCUACAGUCAAGUAGUUUUUAUAAAUUAUGACUAACUAUUGUUGUUUUAACAACCUUGUUGAUCAAGUCUCUUGAGAAGCAAUGUGAAAAAUUUAAAACAGACAACGACAACUUACAUCAAAAUGCCAUGUUUCUUGUCAAGGUAGGUACAUACAAACUUAUUUUUCUCAAUUAUAAUUUCCUUGUGAUGCAAUUUCACUAUGAUGAUCAUCGAAAACAAAAUAGAAAUUGAUCUUGCAUCUUAAAGUAAAACCUUAGUACAAAGUAAAUCAAAUUUAAUGAAUGCAAGUUAUGUUAUCAAUAAUUUUUUUAGAUUAAUGGUUACUGUUAAUUUUGAUCUCUCUUGACUGUUUUGCUAACAUUGAUUUAUUAGGCUUCCAAAUGGUGCACCCAGAUAUUAAUAUAAUUGAUAUAUAUAUAAAAUGUUCAACAUUCUUUUCUGGUUCUUAAUUACAAAUAGCAAGAAGGCAAGGCAUGCGAGGCAUGUGAACCAUUGCAAAAUGCACGUUUUUAAGGAAACCUUUUUACACAGAAAUAUAUAAAAAGUAUUAUAGUAAUGUAUUGUUGGAUUGUGGUCAAAGUCUACGUCAAACGAACAAAUUUUGACUUUCUCUCCCCUACUUAGAUGGAUUUUCUAUCCCAAUCUCUCAACAUGUUCAUGUGUAGAAUCAUUCCUUGUACAAUCUUUCUUGUGGGAAUUGAGCAUCCUUGUCACUUGUUAUUCUUAAGGCUUUGGAUUUUGCAGCAUUUUACUGCAUUUACAUGAUGCAAAUAUGCCCAUACAUACUAUGCCUUCUUUUUUCAUAAUGUAGUUAUUUCAUAGUAGAAAGCUGUUAUACUACAUUGCAUUAAGAAUAAAAGGUAGAAUGUGAGAGGAACCACUGUAACCCAUGAUCAAUAAGCAAAAUAAUUGUGAUGAAAUACAGUCUAUAUUCUCCACUAAAAUUGCAAUUAUUACAAAGAAAUACAGUCAUCCCUUAGGUUAUCGAUGUUAAUAUUAAGGAUGUGUAGUUGCAUUUUUAUACAUUCCUGACAGUUGGAAAUUGUUUCUAUAGUUUGUCUUUAUGCCUUGCAGGCUUUGCACCAUGCCUUGAAUGCCUUGUAAUAAAGUCUUCUUUUCUGGUUUCAGGAAUUAAGAGAAAAGACGGAAGAACUUGACAUUGUUUCCCAGUACAAACAAGAAAUUCAGAAUUUGGAGGUAGUCUUUUUUUAGGCUUAGUUGUCUUGCCUUUGUGUAUUAACUUCUGGGGAGAGGGGGUGAAUUAUAAGGGUAAUUGCAUGUGUGGUUUUUACCAUCUGUUCUAGCGGCAAAAGUAGCCAUUGGAUUGCACCUCUACAGAGUUUUGUUUUGAUGCCUUACAUUUAACUUUUUAUCUAUAAUGUGUAAACUUAUGCUUCCAUAGCUUCCAUUUUUACUUAAGAUUCUUAAUAUAGACAGUUAAAUGUAACUUCAAAAAAAAAAAACAGCUCAGAAUUGUAAUUUUUUUGGAGUACAAUAAAGGCCAAGUUCUGUUCAAUCAAUCAAGUUUUAGAUAUCAAGAAGUCAAACUAUAAUUUAAAUGUAAGAGACCAAAUUCCUUAGUUUAUAUAAGUACAUUUUUUUCUUAACAGCAAUUUAGAGAUGAAGUCCUUCAUAGCCUUCAAGAUGCACGGACGGAACGUGAAAUGGUAUUUAAAUUUAAAUCUGGCAUUUCUGGUAUUUAUAGAUUUCACAUCAGUUAAACCCUGCAGGUUAUAAAAUUUAGCCUAAUGAAUUAUAUUAUGGUUCCCCUUUCUCUGAAUAUUAUUGGCUGUUUAUAGAUCGCAUGACCAUGAAGGAAGAGGAUGACUGAUUGAUAGAUUGGUCCCAUAUGAUUGAUUGAUUGAUAGAUUGAUUGAUGGGUGUGGCUAAAUUAAGGUUCCAAGCAUUUCUGUGAUAAAUAGUUCCCCUAUUGCUUUGAGUAAGGGAUAAUUUUUCAAAUGUUUCCCUCUAGGGACCAGUCAUCAAGGGUAACAUUGUAUUAUGUUGUGUUUUGUUUUGUGUACUGUAUGUAAGUGUGUCAUUGGCUCGUGGCUUUUUUCUUAUAGCUUGAGCAACUUUUAGAGGAAAGUGCUGCCAGAGAAGUCGAGAAUAAUGAGUUGAUAAGAAAACUACUACAGGUUUGUUUUAUUUAUUAAUUAAUUACAUUUAUUUGAGCACAUUGUACUGCAGUAUGUUUUCCACAAGCAUUUAAGGAACACUGUUAUUCAAUAAAGGGAAGCUAUGGACAGCAAGCAUUUUUUGCAAUGUCAACAGGAUUAGCUGCAAGGAUAAUAUCUAGGAGUUGUCAUGAAGAUUGAGAUACAGCAUUUCAAUAUGGUGAUGUGCAAGACAAUCUCUUUCCUUUCUUUUCCUCAUUCUUCAUCUCUUUAUGGGCAUUCUUUUCAUUCAUCACAUUGAUCAUCUCGCACAACUCCACCUCCUCUUCACCCUUUUUUGUUCUCCCUUCAAUUUUGUUCUCCCUUCAUUUUGUUCUCCAUUUUUUUCAUCUGCACUGAUUGGGUGCUUGGAAUGAGCCUUUCAUUCCCCUUCAUCUUCUUCCUCCCAUUUAUUUCCCUCUUUCUUUCCUUCCUAUCCUCUUCUUCCCUCCCUUUUACCUCUCUCAUUGUCUCAACAUCUCUCCCUCUACCUUUUCUGUCCCCUUUUUCUCUUCCCUCUCCUUCUCCUUAAUAGCUUGAACCUUGCAUACAUGGCAUACAUGUAGCUGUUCAGAUGACGAGUGUGAUGAGGGAAUCCUUCCUUUGUAACCUUUGUGAGUUAAGAACCUUUUUAUUAAUCUUGCAGUAAUAAUCCUUAUUUUAAACAUUUUAGAUGAACCAGUGGAAGGAGGCUGAAUGUAAGAAAUUAAAAGAGGUAGAUUAUUCAAUUAAUUAAUAUACUAAAUAUGUUCAAUUUUUAAUGCAUGUAAUUUUUACUGUUAUGGCCUUGUGUAGCAGGGGUUACAACAGUGUUUACCAUCAAUCCUUUAGCAACACUUCCAAAUAUCACUUGAUACAAAAACAACUGAUGGCUGAUUAAUGUUAGGAAGAAAGUGUGUUUUGACACUACAUGUACAUUUUGCAAUUAUAGCUAUUGGUAAGCAUGUCAGUAACCAAUGGUGGCCAACCUAAGUGCUAUAACAGUAGUUCUGCUUUCAAUGGGAAUUUAUGUUACUGCCCUUAAAUUCUAACAUACACAUGUAUCUCAUUCGAUUUUCCAACCAAAUGUAUCUCAUCUCGCACUUGAGUGACAAAUUUUAACACUAUUUUUUGGUUUUAUCAACUGACUUGAUAAGAUGUAAAUUAAUUGGACACUGUAUGUGUAGGGUUCUGAGGGGUGCUGAAGCUGACAUUGCAAGCAUUAGCCCUGCAUAAGCCCUUUGCUCUGGUGAAAUGCUAGCGCUCAAAAUGCCAGCUUUAGCAACCAUUUAUGGUGGUCAAUUACUUUAUCAACUCAGUUGAUAAAACCUACUUAGCUUGUUAUAUUCCCUACUGACUCAGCAGCACAGUUAUGUUAGAUCUAACUUACCCCCUUUAUCAGCUUUAACACUGUAUUGCUUAUGCGACACAUUGAGAAACAGUUCUAAACUUUCAGGGCUGGUUAUUUACACAAGGUCUAACCCAAACUGUGGUUUUAUGCAAGCAGUGGGCCUCAGGGAUUCUCUAUGAGAGGGUUGAUUGAAUUAAAUAAAUGUACUUCGACUUUUAGCUUUGAGCCCUUACUUUGACUUUGUUCACAAAAAUAAAAGUUAAGACAAAAAGUUUGGGUAAAUUGAAGGUGGCUUAGAACGCAGUUUUGUUAAACAAUGGCUAAACUUUGUUUAAAUAACUGGCCCUUUGGGUUUCCUAUCAAGAUUGAUAUUAUAAUAAUAUUUAUUUAUUUACUUAUUUUUUUACAUUAUUGGGCUAAACAACUCAGCUGUGUAUGUUGACAGACUCUUAUUUCUGUAUUUUUGUUUCCAUGAAAGUGUUUUGAAUUUAUUUUUACAUCCUGUACCUACUUGCAGGACAUUCAAGAACAAGAUCAGGAAACUCUAAAGGGUGGUGAGGUAAAAUUGGUUUGAAAAUGUGAUUUGUUAAGUAAUAAAACAUGUAGCUGGUUUUGUUUGUUUGUUUUUUUUUCGGGUAGGUUUAAAUUUUUGUUCAAAAUCCAUUUCAUGAGUAUUAGGUUUCUUUUAAACCCUUUUAAGUAAAAUAAAGUACGUGUAAUGGACUCUGCACUAAAUUGGUUGGAUCUGCAGUUGUUCAUCGCUUACACAUAAGCCUUUAAUUUCUUUCAAUAAUAUCAUAUGAAACUGUGCGAUGCCGUGGCCCAAAUAUCCUUUUUGUUCACAAAAAUUCAGGUUGAACGAAACUGUGUUAAACAUACACCACACACUAACUUAGUCAUAGAGUCUGUCUCAUUCUUUUUUAUGUUGGGUACGAAUGCUGCCCUGAAUCGGCAUGCAAUCGUCAAACAAGCAAACAAAUUUUUUAAGAGAGGAAUUAAGUGAGAGAAUAUUAGAAAGUGAACUGUAAGUUUGAUUGGUAAUUUAGUGUUAAUUAACAACUGAGUUGAAAACGUAAAUUGGCCACCGUAAAGAGUUUAUAGGCUGACGUUUCCAGCGUUAGCCCUUCGUCAGAGCGAUUGCUCAUUCUAACGUCAGUCUUUAAACUCUUUACGGUGGCCAAUUUACGUUUUCAACUCAGUUGUUAACACUAAUUUACCUGUUAUACUCUCCUACCGACACAGCACCACCGUUUCUUUAGAAACUUACCCCCUUUAUUCAUUGAAAGUUUGAUUGACUUAUAAUAUUUAAUUUCUUUUGACAAGGUAAUAAACUUUGUCACGGAUAAGCUGAAUAAAUAUCGAGAAGAAUACCAAGAAAGGGUACAGGAAGAAGCAACGCAAGCAUUUCUGAAAGCUAAGACCAAUACAACGAAGAAAAUGGAACAUAUGUUGGCGAAAGAAAAGCAGAGUGAAAACUUUGAAACGUUCCAUCGCAAAGGAAAAAAUCAAUAGAGAAAGAUUGAGUAAAAGGAAUAAAGAUCUGUGCAAGGUGAGGUGUCAGUGUUGUAUGACAUGUGUACUUAAACGUGUCUCUCUCUCAAAUUAAUAUAGGCAAUAACAUGAUUUCGAAUGCAAUUUGAUGUCAAUAAGCACGAGAGGCAACAAAAUUGUACAAGCCCGUAUAGGCAAGUGCAAUUUUUAGUCUUUCAAAAAUUUACAAUGUACAUGAAAAAACAUCACACAAAGUGAAGACAGGCGAAAUUUUGAGAGCGUGCGCGCGCUAUUUGUAAUUUACAACUCUGUUACAACUUUGCACUCGCGUUACAACUUUGUACUCCAGUUAUAUGAGAAUGCACACGUUUUCAGCGAAUCAGAACCGCGUAAUUUUUUCGUGUACAUUAUUAUAGUUUGUUUGUGCACGGUUGGCGUGAUUUUAACCCUCUUCGCCCAAACAUCGGUAUGCAAAUCCUCCAUAUUGUUCUUCAUACAUUUCUCUAUAAAGUCCUGACAAGGAGAAUUUGUUCACAAUCAAGAGUUUCUUUUUUCGGUGAUCACUUCCUCUAAUUUUUAUGGCCUUCAUCUUUGAUCCAGGGUUGAUAUUGUUGGGAGAAAUUAGAUGCCAGUCACUCUUAAUGGUUGAGAGUGAUAUGUUUAAAGAUUGUAAGGCACUUAAAAAAAAACAUUUGCCACUCAAAUGAGGAGUACCUGCAGUGCUCCACGCCUUUUGCGCAUGGCCAGGUUACUGUGCUUUUUUCAAACUGGCACCUUCCAUAGUUAAGAGUUAAGUAGUUGCGUUAAUUUCAAGAUUCUUCAACUGUGGUAAGUCGUAGAUUUGAACGACGGAGAUAAAAAUGGUUUUUUUUCUAGAUUGUACCUCUCCUUUACGAAAUCAAACAGUUAUGAUAAUAACACUGUCUUGUUAGAGGUGGGAAGAGACUCUUAAUUUAAGCUGAAUCAAAACUUGAGCUUAGAAUUGGUGGUAUUUAAAUAUUUGAAAACAACGUUUCAGAGAAAUCGUCAGAUGUGGGCUCGUGUCAAUAACUUGGGUGCAAAGGCUGUGACAAACUUUCCCACUGCCGGUACAUCCAGAUGUUUGGAGGCAAGAGAUGAUGAACAGUCAUGGAGCACUGUAAGUUAACAUAUCAUAGAAUUGCAUUUAGGAUGACCUUUGUGUUAUGACUUGCUGUAUGCGGUUAUUUUGUUAGAACACUCUUUGAUAGAAGAGCCCAAAAUUUAUCAAUACUAAGCAAUUGGCUACACUUUCUAUUGGUUUAUCGGCAUGAUAACCCACUUGGGGUGCUGGGAAAACAUGAGAUAAGUUUAAAAGUUUCUUACAUCUCUUUCAAAUUAUACUUUGUUUGUACACAGUUAGUUUGAUUUUAACCCUUUCGACGCCCUAACAGCGGUAUGCAUCUCAAUAAUUUUUUCUUAUAUUUCUUCAUAAGAUCCUGGCACGGAAAAUUUGUUCAUAACUAAGAACUUAUUUUGUUAGUGAUAGUUUCUUCUAUUCUCAUGACCUUCAUCUUUGAUUCAAGAGGAAUUUUGUGAGGAGAAAUUAGAUGUCAGUCACUCUUAGCGGUAAAGAGUGAUCGGUUCAAAGAUUUUAAGGUACUCAACCAAAAAUCAUUUUUGACUCAAAAGAUAAUUUUUUCUGCGAUAACCAGAGCUGUAACUUUGUUUGUUUGUUUGUUUUUUUUUUUUAAAUGGCGCCUUGUAUGGUGAAGGAUUAAGCAGUUAAGUUACUCAUUACAUUCUCAAGCUGCGGCAAGUUGUAGAUUUUGAACGCAUACUUGCUGACUACGAAGAUGAAAAUGUGGUGGUUUCUAAUCCUAUAUCCAAUAUCUAUCCUUUAAGAAAUCACUGCCAUUACUUCGAUCCAUAGGCAAUGUUGCAAUUAUCUGUAAUGUGCUAGAGGUGGGAACAGACACGGAGUUUAAGUUGAAUCAAAACUUGAGCUUAGAUUUUAAAAUAAUCAUUAAUGUGUUGAUACGAAAACAAUGUUUCAGAGAAAUCGUCAGCUGUGGGCUCGUGUCAAUAAUUUGAGUGCAAAGGAGGAGAGAAACUGUACGUUUGCUGGUACAUCCAGUUGUGGUGAGGCAAGUGGUGACGAGCAGUCAUGGAGCACUGUAAGUUUACAUAUCACAGAACUUCAUUUGGGAUGAACUUUGUGAUAUGGCUUGCUGUACGCGGUUACUUUGUUAGAUCGCCCUUUGAUUUAAGAGACCAAAAUAGUGACAAUGUCUAAGUAAAAAAUUCCUUAACUUUGGAAAUUCCACAACUUUUUUAGGAUGUGGUUGUUGCUAUGGUUAUUGUGAUCAAUUCUGUGAUUGGUGGAUUUGACCGAAAGAACUAGGUAUGAUUGGUUGCUUCAACUGUCCGAUUACAGCCAGCUGUCCGUUUACACUGUCCGAUUAUAACUCUACGGAAUAAUUAGUGAAAAGUAAAGCAGCUACUGCACCAAUCACAUUUGAGGAAGUUGUAAUGGUUAUGAUUAAAAUAAAGAAGUGCAGAAUAAUACAUGGGCGCGAAAGGCGAGUGACGUGUCAGCAGCAGAUUGGCGAUAUCAGACACACGUGGAAAAUACGAUACUUUUUCACGUGUGUUUUUCCGGCUUUUCUCAGUGCUGGAAAUCCUUGAUUAAUACCGUAGUUUAUAUGAUAAGUAUUAACUUCGUGAUCGGCCUCGCUCACCAUGGAGUCUUUGUGGCUCAGUGGUGUAGCAUCGGAGCGUGGAAUCCGAAGGUUUGAUGUUCGAUUCCUCAGAACUCAGAACUCAUAAUUUUCUCUUUGUCCCACGCUCGUGAUAAGACAAAAACAAUGUUUCUCUAGGAUGUAAAAAUGUUCAAACGUUCUGUGCUGAAACUUUUAAAUCCCUACUUUUCGUAGCACCGCACUUAGGACAAUCCAAGCCUUUCCAUAGAAACUGGGGUUUAAAUAACUGGGAGGUUAACUAUAACCAUCACAUGCCUGGAAUUUUUUUUUCAUGAUUUUUCUUUGUUCCUGCGUCUUAGGUCUCAGAUGAAGAGGAAGCCGUUGAAAGCCCGCCUGAGAGACGACCAUCUAUUACUUAGAGAACAACAGCUUCUAUUUUGUUCUCCUUUAUUGUUAAGCUACAACAACUGCGGAAUUAGUAAACCUUCUUAACUAGAACCUCCCUCAAUUACGCGCCCUCCUCCUUUUUAGUAGAAAUUUUGAAUUAGCUCCCGGACGCUCAUCCGCGGAAGUGCAGUGUAUAUGUUUGUUUGUUUGUUUUUUUUUUAAUUCCUUGGAAAUUGAAAAAUAAGAAGUAUAUUCGUAUCGUAGAUUGGUUUAGUAAUACCUGAAAGGUAUCGUUGAAUAUGUGAAUGAUAAUAGAGACUUUCAUCGUGAAGAAUUAAUCAAUUACGUUUGAAAAGAGUUUACCCUUCGUCAUAUUUUCUAGAGUUUUUAUUUAGGAUAAUAAUUAAUUACGAUUUAAUAAGGAUUGUCCUGGCUGGACGUUAAAAAUGCUGAUUGUUUCUUGGUGCUGAUAGAGUUUAAGGCGUAAAAAUUAACUGUUUUGUGACUGUAGUCAUUUUUAAUUAAUGGUAUCAUAAGUGAGUUAUAGAUAAUAGCUGUAUUAUAAAUAUCUAGGAAUUUCUAUGCUGACUUGUAUGCUAUGGAACUUUCUGGAAUGUAAUAAUGAUGUAAUGCUACCAAAAUAGUCGUGUUGUAAGCUUCCGGGAUUCUUUAGAAUGCUUUGUAACUGUACAUAAGGACUUAGUCGCGUAGUAUGAGUUGUUGUUGGUGUGAAAUAUUUGUAAAGCUGAACCGAGAGAGGGUUAGAGUGGAAUAUUGUUCAUUCCAAGGAACUUUGGAGAAAACUGU